UUCCAGCCGCCUCCCUCUCCUCUCUUCUCCUCUCUCUCAUUUUCUCUCAUGUUAACCUAACAUUAAAUCCUCUUUUUGAAUUUUUACACCAGAGCUUCUCACCUCCUCCUACCAUCACUCUCUGGUCUUCCAUAUGGUAGCGUCAUCCACAACCUUCACUUUACUCCUAUCAUCAACCACAGACAACAACCCACACAUCAAGAACCGGUUUCAGUUUUUCAAGCCCGAUCUAGAUCGUCUUCCAUAUAGCAGUGCCGUCCACAACCUUCACUUUUCUCCAAUCAACAACCACCGACAACAACCCACACAUCAAGAACCGGUUUCAGUUUUUCAAGCUCGAUCUAGAUCUUUUCAUCUGAAUGGAGUCCUUUUUUAAUGAGUGGAAAGUAAUAAAAAUUUGUGUUUGUGGACUUUAUCUGGUGUUGGAAGAGCAGGAAUUGCACCUUUUUUAGUGGUUAUAAUGGCUCCACAUGCAUUUGCAGAUCUAAGCAUCUCUUUGAUCUUUGAUUCAUUGUGAAAUGAAGGAAUUACAGGGCUUUGGUAUAACGGCAGCAGUAAAAAAAAAAGCCUAUUUAAUUGGUUUCUCUUUCUCUCCCUACAAGAUAAGAAAAUUCUUUUUUACAAGACUCGAUCACUCCUUGGUUGACAAUUCAUAGAAUCAUCAUGUGGCUAGAGAUCAUCUGUUGUCUGAUCGCUUACAUGCUGUUCACAUGCUUCUUCUCCGACGAUGACGACGUUUUAGAGGUCGAAUCCUCUGACACCAAUGCACUUUUCAACGUAGCUAACAAGCUUGAAAAGCUAUAUGGAGGAAAGGUUUAUGUAGGGCUCCGAAUUCCGGAUGCUGACACUGGUUCAAGGCAAAAUAUAGAUAUAGUUCUUGUCACCAAAGGUGAGGCAGUGGUAAUUUCUGUCAAGAAUUUCUCGGGUUCUGUAUCAAUAAGUGGUGAUGGCAGCUGGGUUUGUGAAGGCGAAGGUAGACACAAAUCAGAGCGUCAUCCUGAUCCUGUGGAGGAGACUAAAAAGCAAGCUUCAAUUCUUGAAUCAUAUCUUGAACAAAGGGGAGUUGCUCUACCUGAAGGAUAUUUGUCUUGCAAAGUUGUACUUCCCAAUCCUAAGUUGCAUACAAUCCGUUCAGGCUAUUUUCCACCCGAGGUUAUUACCUAUGACCAAUGGGUACUGCUGAAACCUGAACCAAAAGGCCUAUUUUCUGGUUGGAAAAAGGGUUCCUUUAGUGGUGGAAAGAAGGAGAUGCAGGAAUCUAUGCAUCAGAAACUCAACUUCACUCUCAGCACAGCUCCUGUGUGGGACAGGUUGGAGCUUAAGGGUAAUAAAUAUGUCCUAGGAGAAUUUCUGGAGUUUAAAGGACAACAAGAAGAUAUCAUGGCUUUGAGGAACAUCAAAAGAUCGAAAGUUAGUCGUUUGAUCAUUCAAAAGACGAGCAUGUUUGGACUAGCCAAUUCAAAGCUCCAGGUUUUGUACUCUGGCCGUGAUUAUCGAAGUGAAGGGGCUUCAGCUUCUGAGUUGAAGGAAGAAACCGUAAGAUCAAGUACAGAGGUUCUGUUUCAGGCAGAGAACUCCGCUAAAGUCCGCAAAUUCAAGCUUUCUUCAAUUAUCUCCAUGUCACUAAGUGCCUGAACAUGCUCAUGCUGAAUACAAGUUAUGCAUUGCUGUGGAAGCUAUAGGUCAUAGGCUAUGAUGUCACCUUAUGACUGCCUCCUUACGUGUAGGUGUGAAAUUAUAGUUCAUAUUGUAAACUAAAACAACUAAAUUAUGACAAAAAAUAAUAAUAAUAUUUUGCAUUUAAUA